GAAAUCCAGCAUAUCUAUCUUGUUUGCUGUGUCAUACAAUAAAAUAAUAAUAAUCAUAAUAAUAAUAUGAAAUCCAGCAUGUCUAUCUUGUUUGCUGUGUCAUACAAUAAAAUAAUAAUAAUCAUAAUAAUAAUAUGAAAUCCAGCAUAUCUAUCUUGUUUGCUGUGUCAUAAUAAAAUAAUAAUAAUAUGAAAUCCAGCAUAUCUAUCUUGUUUGCUGUGUCAUACAAUAAAAUAAUAAUAAUAAUAAUAAUAAUAAUAUGAAAUCCAGCAUGUCUAUCUUGUUUGCUGUGUCAUAAUAAAAUAAUAAUAAUAAUAAUAAUAAUAAUAAUAAUAAUAAUAUGAAAUCCAGCAUAUCUAUCUUGUUUGCUGUGUCAUAAUAAAAUAAUAAUAAGGUGGCAUUUCAAAGUUGCAUUCCAAUGUCAGUGCAGUUCCUGUUUUCCAGAUACUUUCCCAAGUUCCUGAAGUUUUUGUUGAAAAGCCGCAAGUAAGUAUCUCUUGCAAAGAGUUGUUAUUUAUUGUGAAUACACAACACUGUGCUACCCUUCUGCUACAGGACUGUGUAGUGUUGGUGCUAUGUAUCUCCAUUCUCCAUUCUAUUCCUAGAUGUUUUUCGGCCCAGCUCUAUCUCUCUGUCUGUUGCUCUGAGUGCGAAUCCUACAGCCGUGUGCAUGGAUGUUACAUCUUGGAGGGAGAGGCAUGCAUGCAGUCCGUUCUCCAAUCCCCGUCCCAUGCCUCCUCCCGGCCUUCCUCUCCCAGGCCCCAACGCAACACAUGUGCUGUCCGUCAGAGACCCGGCUGGGCUAUUUUCGGUCUCUGAGAAACAGAGAAAGAAAGCAAAGCGGACAGGGCUUCAGUCCCAGGCUGAUCUCGGACACCAUGGACACCUUCUUGCUCUUCUUCUUUGUCUCCGGCCUCCUGGCAACCCUUGGCACACAGGAAAUUUUCGGUUCUGAGGACUCCAGAAUUGGCACCCCAGUAUUGAAUCCAUGGCAUCGGAAGGACAGUUUGGGAAGGGUCAAGCGGGCAUGGGUCAUCCCGCCCAUCAGCGUCUCCGAAAACCACAAGCGUCUUCCGCAUCUCUUGGUCCAGAUUAAAUCCGACAAGCAGCAGCCCGGCGGGGUGAUUUAUAGCAUCAAAGGACCAGGUGUGGAUGAAGAGCCCAAGGACAUCUUCUCCAUUGAAAAGCUCAGCGGGAAGGUCUACCUCAAUACCAUGCUGGACCGGGAGAAGAACAACCGCUUCCGGCUCAAGGCGUUUGCUCUGGACCUCAGUGGAGUUCCUCUGGAAGACCCCACAGACUUGGAGAUCGUGGUCAUGGACCAGAACGACAACCGCCCGCUCUUCCGGCAGAAGGCCUUUACGGGGCGCGUGGUGGAAGGGGCCGCGCCAGGAACCUUUGUGAUGAAGGUGGAAGCCAGCGAUGCCGAUGACCCCGAGACGGACAACGCGGCCCUGAAAUUCUCCAUCCUGGAGCCGAAAGCGAGAGACGUCUUCCGAAUCGACGAGGCCUCCGGGGAAAUUCGGACGGCAGAAGUCGCCCUGGACCGAGAGGUGAUCGGAGUGUAUAACCUGACCCUUCAGGUGGCUGAUAUGUCCGGAGAAGGACUGGCCACCACCGCUGCGGCCGUGAUCUAUGUGGACGACAUCAACGACAACCCCCCGGAGUUUGCAGAGGAAGAGUUCUCCAUGGAAGUUCCCGAAAACCGUCGAGGCGCAGUAGUCGGCCGGGUGCCGGUCCAAGACAAGGACUUUCCUGGGUCUCCCAACUGGUUGGCCAAGUUCACCAUUUUGGAAGGAGACCCCGAGGGGGCCUUUGCCAUCCAGACUGACCCCCUCACCAACGACGGCCUCAUCUCCUUGGCGAAGGCCUUGGAUUAUGAGGAGCGGAACCGCUUUGAGCUGCUCAUCUCCGUCCAGAACCAAAGUCCGCUGGAGCUGACCGCUCCCAAACCUGCCCGGUCUUUGGCCACGGCGCGGGUGCGAGUGGCGGACGUCAACGAAGCCCCUUUCUUCAAAGAGAACCCGUGGAAGGGGAGCGUGAGCGAAGGGGCACCCCCCGGCACACAGGUCGCACAUUGCCACGCCAGCGACCCCGACACGCACCAAGCGCAGGAGCUCCGGUACUCUCUGGCCUCGGACCAGGAUCGCUGGUUGGAAGUGGACCCUGAAUCCGGUUUGGUGCAAACCCGGCUGACGGUGCCGCCAAGAGCCACGUUUCCUGGAGGCGGGUAUGCCGUGCGCAUCCUGGCCACUGAUAAUGGGACCCCUCCGCUGACCGGCACGGCCACUUUGUCCGUCGAGGUCUUAGAGGUGAAUGACCACGCACCCUUCCUGCUCCCUGCGGCCCGAGAGCUGUGCAGCCGGGGGGACGGCUUGCUCUUGACCGCCACCGAUGAAGACCUGGCUCCGCAUGCCGAGCCCUUUUCUUUCCGACUCGGCCCCACGCCGAUGACCGGGAACUGGACUCUCAGCCGCACCAACGGGACCCAUGUCCUGCUGCGCCCCCAAGGAGAGGUCCCCGAAGGUCUCCACGUGGUGCCUCUGCUCCUCAGCGACUCGGGGAACCCUCCUCUGCAGCGGGAGCAGCUCCUCAACGUCUCCGUCUGCGAAUGCGACGAGUGGGGCUCCUGCCGGAUUCAGGUGGCGGCCGUGGCGGGGGCGGUGGCCGGACUGAGCUUCGGGGCCCUGAUGGUCAUCCUCAGCAGUGUUGUCCUCCUCCUGUGUCUGGUGUUGCUGGUGGCCACGUGGGAGCGUGCUCGUCGGCAGGCCUUCCGGAAGGGUCUUUUGGGGGGCUCCCAGGAUGACCUGCGGGACAACGUUCUCAACUACAACGAACAAGGAGGCGGAGAAGAGGACCAGGACGCCUACGACCUCAACCAGCUCCGCAACCCGGACCUCUUUCCGCCUCCGUCGCCUUUGGGGAAGCCCUUGCGCCGGAGGGACGCCCCGUACGCCUUUGCCGUGCCUCAGUUUCCCCGCCGGAUGCCCUCCUGCCCUUCUGACAUCGAGGACUUCAUCCACGAGGGCCUGGAGGCGGCUGACUCGGACCCCAGCGUCCCGCCUUACGACACGGCGCUCAUCUACGACUUCGAAGGGGACGGCUCGGCCGGCGGCUCCCUCAGCUCCAUCCUCUCCAGCGUGGCCGAUCAGGACCAGGACUACGACUACCUCAACGACUGGGGGCCGCGCUUCCGGCGCCUGGCCGAGCUCUACGGCAACUAGGAGGGGCACAAAGGGCAGAGUGGGGGACAGGGAGACCCUGCACUCCCACAACUGGACAAGAAGCACAUUUCACACAUUUCGCACCCGGGUCUCUUUCAAGACCUCCCCAAAAUGGGUCACAACAUUGACAUAUGGGCUGGAAAGACUGGGAGACGUGACCCAUUUUUCUCAGGUGUCUAUGCAUCUUCAUAAGUACAUAGGCACAGAGACCA